GGAGGUGGGCGUGGCCGAACUUGACCAAAACCAAACAUGGCGGCGUCUAUGGAUGAAGAUUUUGAGUUUAAUAAUCAAGAUUACUAUUCUCUGCUUAACGUCAGCAAAGAGGCUACUUUGGAGGAGCUGAAGGCAUCAUAUCGGAGACUAUGCAUGCUCUACCAUCCUGACAAACAUCGAGACCCCGAGCUGAAAAGACAAGCUGAACAACUUUUCAACCAGGUUCACCAGGCCUAUGAAGUGCUGAGUGAUGCUCAUUCUAGAGCCAUCUAUGACCUCUUUGGGAAGAAAGGGCUGGAAGUAGAAGGCUGGGAAGUGGUGGAGAGGAAGAGGACGCCAGCAGAAAUUCGAGAGGAGUAUGAAAGGCUACAGAGGGAAAGGGAAGAGAGGAGACUGCAGCAAAGAACAAACCCUAAGGGCACCAUUAGCGUCGGAGUGGAUGCAACAGACCUGUUUGACCGCUAUGAUGAAGACUUUGAAGAGAUGCCAGGAGGAGGCUUUCCUCACAUAGAAAUCAACAAGAUGCAUAUUUCCCAGUCUAUAGAGGCUCCUCUAACAAACACUGACACUGCAAUGCUGUCUGGUUCGCUUUCCACUCAUAAUGGGAGUGGAGGGGGCAACAUUAACAUGACUGUACGCAGGGUUACAUCAGCCAAGGGCUGGGGCGAGGUGGAGUUUGGUGCGGGAGACAUACUGGGACCUCUCAUUGGAUUAAAGGUGUUUCGCAAUAUUACUCCACGAUGUUUCCUUACAGCCCAGUGUGGUUUGCAGUUCUCUCCACGAGGUUUGAGACCCAGCUGUUCUCUGAUGACUGCACGACACCUGGAUCAGAACACUAUGGGCUACCUACAGUGGCGCUGGGGGCCCAACAGCGCAAUGACUACCAGCCUGGUCCGAGACACAAAGACCAGCCACUUUACUCUAGCUCUGCAGCUCGGUGUGCCUCAUUCCUACCUGAUGAUGAGCUACCAGUACAAGUUCCAAGAUGAAGAUCAGACCAAAGUGAAGGGCUCUGUCAAAACUGGCUGGUUUGGCACUGUGGUAGAAUAUGGAGCAGAGAGGAAGAUCAGCCGACACAGUAUUCUGUCAGCCACUGUCAGCAUCGGUGUCCCGCAGGGAGUCACACUCAAGAUCAAGUUGGCGCGUUCCAGUCAAACAUACCUGUUUCCAGUCCACCUGACAGAUCAGCUGCUGCCCAGUGCUGUCUUCUAUGCCACUGCGGGGCCUCUGCUGGUCUACAUGGUCGUCCACAGAUUAAUCAUCAUCCCAUACACACAAGCUCAGAAAGAGCAAGAGCUGGAGCUGCAGAGGAAGAGCUCUGCCACAGACAUCGCCAAAAAGAAGCAGGAGGCAGAGUCUGCUGUUUUGCUGAUGCAGGAGUCUGUGAGGAGAAUCAUAGAAGCAGAAGAAUCCAAAAUGGGCCUGAUCAUCCUGAAUGCCUGGUAUGGAAAGUUUGUGUCAGACACCAGCCAAAAGAAGGAGAAAGCCAAGGUGAUUGAUGUGACUGUGCCACUGCAGUGCCUGGUCAAAGACUCCAAGCUCAUCCUCACCGAGGCCUCUAAGGCAGGUUUGCCGGGCUUCUACGACCCCUGCGUAGGAGAGGACAAGAGCCUAAAAUUACUUUAUCAGUUCAGAGGUGUGAUGCAUCAAGUCAUCUCUGCAGACACUGAGCCAUUACGGAUACCCAAGCAAUCUCACCGAAUUGAGUCCGAGUCCUAGGAGCCCACUGCUGUUGGAAUACCAGCAGGCAAAUACAGAUAAAACAGACUUUCUGUACGCAGACAAACCCAAGACUGGGAGGGACUCUUCAGAUAUAAGUUUGUUUCUCUCCAGUGGCCCUCCUCCUGUCAUGGUAUUAGUGAAUCUGUUUCACAAAUCUCUCCACUCCUUCCUUUCCUGAAGGCUAGUUCUCAGGUCCACAGAGUACAGGAGUCAGCUCUGAGUUUCCCUCGUUGGCUACACCUGACAGAGAUGCUCACAUAUCUGCCUGCUGCUGGAGAUCAGACACUGGCUCGGAACAUAGUUUUUUCCGUAUGCACUAAACCGAGGGGAACUGUUGUUACUGCAGAUGUGGUGAUGGGUUCCCUCAGUAAUUAACUAAAUGUGUACAUUUCCUGAUAUUCAUUAAGUCAGGUGUAUACAAGGGAGCUGUAAGUUUAUCCCCAUAUCAUUGUAGCUUUUUUUUUUCCUAAAUGUGUAUCCGGUAGUUUAACUAUAACUUUAGUCAUUCCAUUAAGUCAUGCAAAUGUUUCUGGGAACACUAUGCAGGACCACAUGUCAGUAGGAGGAAUGACUGAACAUGUAUGCUGCUCAGUGCAGUGCCAGUCAGCAAGUGUAAACUGGUGCUCAAAACUUGUAUCUGUGAAAGUUGGGAUAUGGAAUGGAGGGAUUACACAAGGAGCAAAAGGGAGAGUUGUCUUAGCAAUCCAGCUAAGAAUUUAACCACAUAUAGAUAUUUAAUAUCUCAUUCUAGGCUGUAAUUGAAAUGGAGAAAUCCCACUUGGAUUUUAUUUGCGUCAGUGUUUAUUGAUCAUAAAUGUGCAGUUGCAGCCAAACAGAAUUUUCUGUAAUGAUUUUUGAUUCGAUGAAGGUUGCAACUUUUACUUGGCUGGUGUGUAUCUGGCACAAAGAUAGUGAUAACAGUAAAAAGUGGUAUGGACUUUAAACUUUUAAAAAUUCUAUAUAUUUUAAUGUUGAUUACUUUGUUGUGGGGAUGCAUCUUGCAGAGGGUGAAUCUCAACACUUUGCCCCGUGUAGCUUCUCUGCUGCUGAAGCUCUCACUGCUGCUGAGCCUCAAUAAAAGUUUUAUUGAUUGACACAUUUACAUGUUAAUUUAAUAUUAGAGCGAAUGUUAAGUUUGCACAACGGCCCAGUGCCAUAGCUUUUAAUCCAAUACUAGUAUCCAUUUCUUGAGUCGCAGAGGGGUUUUAAUGCUUUGUGUUCAUUUACCCAUUGAUUAACCUCUGCUGUAACUAGUCUUUCAAAUUCAAUAACCUACAGGACUCUUUAACUGCUGAUCAACAGGCAAGUGUACACUGAAGUCCCUAAGCUUUACAUUUGAACUCUACAAAGCGACUCUCAACUAAGCUCCUGUUUAAUUAGAUCAGUGUCAGUAAUUAUAUUGUUUUAACUGUUGAUAAAGGGAGUUUGCAAAUAUAAAGAGCCAGUUACACUUCAGUUCACUUGGAUAAGUUUGUAAGAAGUUUGGAAAAUCUGACACUAAUUAAAGCACCAAAGUAGAAAAUAUUUUGUAUAGAAAGAUAAUAUUUUACACAGUGCAUCAUCAUAGGCCAAUUGUCAUCAACAUUAUAUUGAAGCCUCUAAUUGUAGCUGUACACAUUCACUAGAAGGGGUUGAAGUUGGAUGCAUAAAAAGUGAUCUUGUGUUGGGUUGAGUUCUAUACUGCAGCAGCCAUUUUGCACUGAGUAUUUCUUGUAUUUGUCUUAUAUUUGUUGUUUUAAGUGUGCUGUAAGGUGUUCGGACAGGUCAUUUGGUCACUUCUGCACUGGUGCCACCAUGAGGUGAGCAGAGAGACUGCUCCUUGCUGUUACAUUCCAACUCCAUCCUCCAAACUGACUCACAUUAUGUAAUUGUUAAUGUAUGGUUGAAAAGAGCCUGUAUUCUGUCCUGUAAAGAAAAUAAAAGAUUAA